AUGUCGAUGUUCGGAUCCUCGUCUAACAAGUCCUCCGAGGACGUCAAGACUGCACUGGUGCGCCAGCUGCAGCAAGAGGCCGCCAUGACGAAUGCCCGCGCCUUGAUCGGAAAAAUCAACGAGCACUGCUUCGAUGCCUGCGUCCCCGCCCCCGGCUCCUCUCUUUCCUCCAAGGAAAGCGGCUGCCUCUCUAGCUGCAUGGAGAAGUACAUCGCCAUGUGGAACAUUACGAGCCGUACCUACGUUGCCCGAGUGGGCCAAGAGAGCAAGCGCAUGGGUGGCCAAGAUGCUUCGGCGAUUGCCAGCAUGGCGACGGGCGCGCCGGAGGGAGGCAGCGGCGUGAUGGGUUAA